UAUAAAAUAGAUAAGCUACAAGGAGGUACUAUACACAUAGGGAAUAUAGCCAAUAUUUUAUAAUAACUAUAAAUGGAGUUUAACCCUUAAAAAUUGUGAAUCAUUAUAUUGCACACCUAUAGCUUAUAUAACAUUGUACAUCAGCUGUACUUCGAUAGAAAAAAAAAAGACAAGAGAGGACUUCCCUAGUGGUCCAGAGGUCCGUGCUCCCAAUGCAGGGGGCCCAGGUUCAAUCCCUGGUCGGGGAACUAGAUCCACAUGCCACAACUAAGAGCCCACAUGCCGCAGCAAAGAUCCUGCGUUGCCACAACGAAGACCCAGAGCAGCCAAAAUAAAUAAAUAAUAAAUAAAUAUUUUUUAAAAAAAGACAAGAAAUAAGUGUUGGCAAGGAUGUGGAGAAAAGGGAACCCUUGUGCACUGUUGGUGGGAAUGAAAAUUGCUGCAGCCACUAUGGAAAAUAGUAUGGAGCUUCCCCCCAAAAUUAAAAAUAGACUCAAUACUCUCUAAUGGCCUAUAUGGGAAAAGAAUCGAAAAAAAGAGUAGAUAUAUUAGAUUCACUUUGCUGUACACCUGAAACUAACACAACAUUGUAAAUCAGCUCUACUCCAAUUUUUUAAAAAAAUUAAAAUAAAUAAAAAUUAAAAAUAGAGCUACCAUGUGAUCCAGCAAUUCCACUCCUGGGUAUUUACCCAAAGAAAAGAGAAACACUAACUCAAAAAGAUAUAUGCACCCCAGUGUUCAUAGCAGCAUAAUUUACAAUAGCCUAGAUAUAGAAGCAGUGCCCAUCAAUAGAUGAAUGGGCAAAUAAGAUGUGGUGGAUAUACAAUGGAAUCAUCAUCUAGUUGAAGAUGAUUUAUUCAAAUGCAAGUUAAUAGAUGUCUAUAUCAGCUUCAGAGAACAGACAUUUUAGUCAAAGAAUGGAAAUCACAAGAAUGGCAUAACGCAAACAGUUGUGUUAUUCCUUAAAGAUCCAAAAACUCAGGCAUUCAGAAGUAAGAAGAAAAAAAGAGUUGUUAAUGGAACAUCCCACAUGGAGUGUUUGGGACUUACCUGAGCGUCACGCCUUGGAGCUGCUCGGCGCCAUGCGGGCCGCGUGCGAGGCGUCAAUAAAACCAAUUGUUGUGGUGAUUAUAUUUUUAUUCAUUUUGAUAAUUUCUUUCUUUUUUUGCGGUACACGGGCCUCUCACUGUUGUGGCCUCUCCCGUCGUGGAGCACAGGCUCCGGACGUGCAGGCUCAACGGCCAUGGCUCAUGGGCCCAGCCGCUCCACGGCAUGUGGGAUCCUCCCGGACCGGGGCACGAACCCGUGUCCGCUGCAUCGGCAGGCGGACUCUCAACCAUUGCGCCACCAGGGAAGCCCCAAUAUGUAAUAUUCUUAAUGUUUAUGAGAAUAUUUAGCUGUAACUGAGUAAGUAGUCACUUUUUUAGCAAAAUAUUUUUAUAUAAAUUUUAGUUUUUUAUUUUUAUUUUUUUUGCGGUACACGGGCCUCUCACUGUUGUGGCCUCUCCUGUUGCGGAGCACAGGCUCCGGACGCACAGCCUCAGCGACCAUGGCUCACGGGCCUAGCCGCUCUGUGGCAUGUGGGAUCUUCCCGGACCAGGGCACGAACCCGUGUCCCCUGCAUCGGCAGGCGGACUCUCAACCACUGCGCCACCAGGGAAGCCCGAUAAUUUCAUUUUUAUAAAAGUGUAUUCUAAUGGUUAGAAUUGUACUUUUUGAAAAUAGUUUUUUAAAGUUUUGAAAUGGGUUUAAUGAGAUACUAGAGUUAUCUGUGGUAUUUCCUUUAUUUACUAUUUGUCUCUGCACGUAAUGUUUGCACAUUACUUUGUAUUAAGAUAAAAUUAUAAGGCUGAACAUAUAAUGAGUGCAAAGAAAACAUUUGACCCACUAGGAAAUGGAUUACAGAAUAGAAGCAAGCGGAUGUUUCCGUGGCCCGUGUGCGGUGUUCUGUUUGAUGUGGGCCAGACACCUGCCGAGUCGGAUUUCCAGGUGCUGGAAAUUGCCCGGAAGCUGGAAAUGUACGGCAUCAGGUUUCACACGGCCUCUGACAGGGAGGGGGCCAAGAUCAACCUGGCCGUUUCCCACAUGGGCGUCCUCGUCUUCCAGUCGUGUGCACGCGUCAGGUUACAGAUGUUCCUCAACGAACGUCUGUGUCCUGAAUUCCAGAGCAGCACCAAGAUCAACACUUUCAACUGGUCCAGGCUCCGGAAGCUCAGCUUUAAGAGGAAGAGGUUUCUUAUCAAACUUCACCCAGAGGUCCAUGGGCCUUACCAGGACACCCUGGAAUUCGUGCUGGGGAGUAGGGACGCGUGUAAGAACUUCUGGAAGACGUGUGUAGAGUAUCACACCUUUUUCAGACUUGCUGAUCAGCCGAAGCCCAGAGCUAGAGCCAUCCUCUUCAGCAGAGGUUCCUCCUUCAGAUACAGUGGAAGAACUCAGAAGCAACUAGUGGAUUAUGUCAAAGACGGUGGGAUGAAGAGGAUUCCGUAUGAAAGAAAACACAGCAAGACCCAGAUGUCUCUCCGCGCCCUAAAUGCCAACUUGCCGAGGCAGAGCGUCUGGUUCACCGAGGGCACGAGGACUCCCGCGUCCCCGUCUUCAGCAAGAGCCUCCUUCUGUUCGGGCCCCGCCUCCCCUCCAGCCCCCGUGGGCCUGCUCGGUUCCAAGGACGGCAGCGGCUCCCCGACGGGCCCCCCGGCUCCCAGCGCCAGGUGGCCAGCUGCAGAGGGGAGCGGCGUGGCCGCGGCCCCGCCCCCCGGGCCGCCCGCUUUCCAGCCUUGCCAAGGCCUUUCCGUGGAGAGUCCUCAGCUUCCCUCCACCCGGAAGACCCCACCGAGCCUGAGCCCACUGGGCCCAGCCGAGCAGGGCUCCUCUCCCCUGCUGAGCCCCGUCCUCAGCGACGCUGGCGGAGCCGGGACGGACGACCAGGAGGAGCUGAGACACAAGUGUGCGCCCGCGGACGAGGCCUACUUCAUAGCAAAGGAGAUUCUUGCUACAGAGCGAACAUACCUGAAGGAUUUAGAAGUUAUUACCGUGUGGUUCCGGAGCGCUGUGGUCAAGGCGGACGCCAUGCCUGCGGACCUGAUGACCCUGCUCUUCUCCAACAUCGACCCCAUCUAUGAGUUCCACAGCGGCUUCCUGCGCGAGGUGGAGCAGAGGCUGGCGCUCUGGGAGGGGUCUUCCAGUGCCCAGGCCACAGGCGACCACCGACGCAUCGGGGACGUCCUGCUCAGCAACAUGCUUCAGCUAAAGACGCUCACCCGCCACUUCCAGAGGCUCCACGAGGUCCUGACGGAGCUGGAAGCGGCAAGCAGGCGCCUGCGGAGGCUGGAGGCGCUGCGCCGGGACUUCGAGCUGCAGAAAGUCUGCUACCUGCCGCUGAACGCCUUCCUGCUGAAGCCGCUGCAGCGCCUGCGCCACUACCGGCUGCUGCUGCGCCGCCUGUGCGCCUCCGACCGCCAGGACCCCGACCGCGGCGACCAGGACCGCGCCGACCGCCGCGAAGCCCUCAAGGCCAUCACGGAGGUGACCUCCACACUCCAGCACAGCCUCGUCCGGCUGGAGAACCUCCAGAAGCUGAUGGAGCUGCAGCGGGACUUGGUCGGCAUAGAGAACCUUAUUGCUCCCGGCAGGGAGUUUAUCCGCGAGGGCUGCCUCCACAAGCUCACCAGGAAGGGCCUGCAGCAGAGGAUGUUCUUUCUGUUCUCAGACAUGCUGCUGUACACAGGCAGAGGUGCCUCAGGGACCAGCCGCUUCCGGAUCCGGGGACUCCUUCCGCUGCGCGGCAUGCUGGUGGAAGAACGUGAGAAUGAGUGGUCUGUCCCGCACUGUUUCACCAUCUACGCCGCUCAGAAGACAGUCGUGGUGGCAGCCAGCACCCAGCUGGAGAAGGAAAAGUGGAUGAGGGACCUGAACGCUGCCAUCAAUGCAGCCAAGAGCAGCGCCGACACGGCCCUGGCACCGCUGGGCAGCGUGCUGUGCCCCCUUCCCCGCAGGCCCUCCGACGAGGUCUCUCUGGAGGAGUCGGAAGACGACGCUCGCAGGGCCCGCUGCUCCUCAGGGGGGCCGGGCCAGCACCGGGCCAGCACUGCCAUGCACGUGUGCUGGGACCGCACCACCAGCAUCUCCAGAGCCGACCGCAGCGCGGCCGUCGAGAACCAGCUCUCGGGAUACCUGCUGAGGAAGUUCAAGAACAGUAGCGGCUGGCAGAAGCUGUGGGUGGUCUUCACCAAUUUCUGUUUGUUCUUCUACAAAACUCACCAGGAUGACUGCCCCCUGGCCAGCCUCCCGCUGCUGGGCUACAGCGUGAGCCUCCCCGGGGAGGCCGACGGCAUCCACAAGGAGCACGUCUUCAAGCUCCAGUUCAAGUCCCACGUCUACUUCUUCCGGGCUGAGAGCAAAUACACGCUAGGGAGGUGGAUGGAGGUGAUCAAGAGCGCCAGCACCUCACCAGGGAGGGCCGGGACCUCCGAGGAGGAGGCGUGAAGCCCACCCUGCCCGGCUGAGGACACACCCGAGCAAGCAGAGCAGCAUGUGCCCAUGACUGCACGUCCCGUGUCCCCCCUCCAGACUGGCAGUGGAUGGGCCUCACUCACAGGGACACCUGGGAGGGGCACAGUCCCCUCAAGACCCAGUCACUCCCUUGGUCCCGUGGGGCAGCGGGACGAACACACAUGUGCGUGGAAAUGGGCCCGGCUCCAUGCACUGCCGAGGCUGGUGCCCACCUGCCCUCUCUGCGCCUCCAGAGCAGGACCCUGCCCUUCAGGCUGGGUGAAACGGGGGGUGGGACAGGGCCCCUGGGUCACAGCCACAUGGAAGUCCAGCAGAAACCACUCUGCCGCCCACCCCACAGACCUCUGCAAAGUGGAAAGCAAAGUCCCCGUAAUUUAUCAGCCCCCAGGAGGUGUGCUGUGCUAACCUGCGUGUGGUUAAAAAUAAAGGGCAUCUCCUGUA